AUGCCGGACGAGCCAUCGCCGGCGGUGCCUCCCGCGACCAUCCGGGUCAAUCGGAAGCGCAUGCUCCUCACCAUCAAGGUGGCACUGCACCACGUCUCUCCUUCGCAGAUCGAGUGCAACACCAGCAAGACGCGGAUCGAGCUGACGACGACGGGGCGUCGCCGGUUCGCGCUGUCGCGGCGUUACCCGAACGGGACCGAGUGCGACGACGCGCAGACGUCCGCCAGCAUGCAGGGCCACGUUCUCGUCGUCGAGAUGCCAAUCACCAAACUCGGCGCGCGACGCAGCUCCGAGAGACAGCCACCGCUGCCCUCUCGGUGA